CAAGAGAAAAAUGUCAGCAAUUUAUUUAUAAAUAAUCUUUGAUUAGAUUGUUGUUGAUUAUAGGGGCUCGAUAAUUAAUAAAAUAAUUAUGGAAAAUGUGUAAUGAGUAGCCGCAAACGAUGCGGACGUCUAGCGAGAAAAAUUAUACCUAAAAAAUUAUGAGUUAAAAGUGUCCCAGAACUGUGGUGUUUUUUUUUUUAUUAUUUUGUAGUUUUAGUUUGUAGGUUUAAUUAAUUUUCUAUGACUGUGAAACGGCCAGACUUUGUCGAUUUAUGUUCCUGUCCUUCUACAAAUGCAACUAUGACCAUGGCAAAAGAGCGGGUGACAAGAAAAUGGGAAAUAUUUCAAGGCAGAAACAAAUUUUAUUGCAGCGGCCGUUUUAUGACCGCCCCAAACGCCGGAGUGUUUUUGUUCACUGUUUUUUUAAUCACAGGAACCUCCACCUUAUUUUUUGUAUUUGACUGUAAAUAUUUAGCUGAAAACGUAACGAUAGCCAUACCAAUAAUCGGAGUGUUUUUAUUCGUAUUUACCAUGUCUUCCUUGUUGAGAACCAGUUUGUCUGAUCCCGGUAUCAUACCUAGGGCCACCUCAGAGGAGGCAGCCUAUGUAGAAAAACAAAUAGAAGUGACAAAUUCGGCUAACAGCCCAACAUACAGGCCUCCGCCUAGAACGAAAGAAGUUCUAGUCAAAGGGCAAACGAUAAAACUUAAAUAUUGUUUUACUUGCAAAUUGUUUAGGCCGCCGAGGGCUUCGCACUGCAGCAUUUGUGAUAAUUGUGUCGAUAGAUUCGACCAUCAUUGUCCUUGGGUGGGCAAUUGCGUGGGUCGUAGAAAUUAUAGGUUUUUUUACAUGUUUAUUGUGUCCUUAGCGUUUUUGGCAGUGUUUAUAUUUGCUUGUGCUAUUGCUCAUUUAAUUUUAAUUACAAAAGAAGACAGACAGUUUUUGGACGCAGUCCGAGAAUCGCCGGCCAGCGUGAUUGUGGCAGUGAUUUGUUUUUUCAGCGUUUGGAGUAUACUGGGUCUGGCUGGGUUUCAUACAUAUUUGACUACCAGCAAUCAAACCACCAAUGAAGACAUCAAAGGUUCGUUUACUAGUAAACGAGGACAAGAUAGCUUCAAUCCGUAUUCGCAAGGGAACGUGUGCUUGAAUUGUUUUCAUAUUUUAUGCGGACCCGUUGCGCCUUCUCUGAUUGACAGGAGAGGCAUAGUCACCGACAGUUACAGAACAGAAAUAAGCCAUCCAAUAACGUCAGAACUAGCAAUGCCUCUAGCAAACUACGCUUUAAAAACCCAAGCAAUGCAAAAUCACAAUCUGACAUCAACAACUACCGCAGAAUUGCCCGGCAUCUAUAGGCAAACAACAGAAACUACAGGUACGUACAGCCCGUUAAAACGGCACUUACAACUAGCGCAACAAAUAAUACCGUCGAAAAAUAAUUGUUCCAACCCGAAAAUUUUACCUUCACGUUAUAACUUGGCUAACGGAGAUAUUGUCAAAAAUAGCCGAAGUUUGCCUCAACUAAAGAACAACUGCGUCGAAGACUACUUUGAGUAUGACAGAUAUUAUAAUCCGAAAAUUUUGGUGUAUCAAGCCCAUAGAGAUCCGCCUCCACCUAAUGUAGAAGACACCGAAUUCACUCGUCCUUAUACGCCUCAGGAAAAACGAUACAAUUCAAAUUUCGGCCAAAAGAAACCCAGGCCAAAGAGUUGUGUUUAUGAAAAUGUGCACGUCACUUCUGAGGAUUUUUGUAAUCAUAACGUUAAGCAUGUGCGAUUUGACAGGAACAAUGUUGUGAAAAUUGAGGGUUAUCCUAGAGCGGAGUUUAGUCAGUCGUAUGUACAGAGCGAGUUAAAUUGAUUUUGAGAAGGCAAGGAGAUUUGAUAACUAGGUUCAUCAAUGUUUCAGACAGUGUGCGUUGAAACUACCAAUUCGAUUUUUAAAAUAUUUUCACUUGGUUGUUUGUCUGUAUUUCAGCAUAAAGCUAUGGAUACAAUGAUUAUUGAAACUUGAAGAUUAAAGUUUUAUUGUUUUUGGAAACUCAUCUUCCAGCCUAUUGGAAAAAGGUUCCUUCUGAAGCAUAAAAAUCUGUGUAGUCAUUCAUGAAAAUUGGUAGGUAAAUUACACUGAUGGAUUGUCCAUGAUGAACCUAUUUUAAACAAUUAUAAAAGAGCAAAGCCAAAGAUCCACUAAGGUGAGAGAAUAAAUGAGAUAUGAGAAAAAGUUGAAGAAUAUUGAAUCUUUUUGCUAAUAAUUUAAGCCAAAGUCGAAAUCGUAGCACAAUCCGCAUUUACUAUACAUUGUGCUGUGCCCUAAAGUGAUUAAAAAAACCAAAAAAACAUUUUCAAGUCCCAAAAAAUAUAUACAUAUAAAGCAAUAAGAGAAUUAUAUUAAAAAAAAGCCUUAUUUGAUGUACCUAAAGGAUAUUUUUUAGAGAGCUGUAUUAUUAAUAUUAAAUUGUUGUAGAUGUGUCGGAUUGUUAGGUUGUAAGGACAAUAUUGUAUUUUGAAAUGUGUCUAGAGCAUAAAUCUUGUAUAUACUCUAUACACAUUUUUUUUUUUAUUAAAAAUAUUUAUUAUAUUAUAUAAUAUAAAUUCUUCCAAAUUGUUGCUUUGAUAAUUUCAGCUUUAAAAUAUUAAUUGUAUGUGAUAACUCCUGAUAAUAGACUUAGCCAAAAAUAAGCUGUGUAGGUUUAAAACAUUUAAUUGUACAUUAAAAUUGUGCUUUGUUUAUUUUUUUUUUUAUUUUUUUCUGCAUUUCUUUUUGGUGGAUUUAUGUAUGGUUGACGGGUUGCUCUUGUGGUGUCGAAAGUAAUGCGGGCAGUGUAACACAUUUGGUCUCCAGCGAACAUCCGCCUGCUUUACAAAGACUCUCUGAAGACUCUGUCCAAUACAAAAGCCAGCCGACGCUGAAUCACUCGCCAGUUUAUAACAAUUUGAUACCACUUAAUCAUACUUUGAGCAAAUCGCACAGCUAUGCGGAGCAUAUAAACAAAGUUGUGGAAAAACCUUUGGAAAAAGAUAUUUCUAGGGUUAAUAUGGUAGAAGAUCUUUGCCUGGAUCCGAUAGUAUUAAGAGAGAGUCAUAUAUUGAGUAAUGGAGGAGAUAAGCUGAAGUUGGACAACGAUUUGACUGUUUCGGAAAAGGAUAAUAGUCUUAUGAGUGCCAGCAGAUUGAGGCUACUGCAAGACACCACAAUGAUCGAAAGCGCUCUGGAUUUGGACUCUUUGGAAGAUUCCAGCGUCGGGGCCAACAGUCAAGCAGGCUUAAUGAAAAUUAUGGUUUAACAUCACAUUGAUAUAAAUCACAAGAGAAAAUUGUUUACGAGAUACUUUUUUUUUAUAAAUUAGUAAAUAGCAGAUUUAUUUAUUUUUGUAUAGUAGGAUAAUGUAGCUGAUGAAUUUUAUAUUAAUAUGGUAAAUUUGAGUAUGAUAAUAUUGAGUUCAUCAAGUGAAAAAAAAAUUGCCUUCAAGAUGAUAUUUUUCUUGUAAAUAAUUCAAUUAUUGUUGUGCAAUUUUGGCGGAUUUAGGUUAAGUUUAUUAGAUUAAUUUUAUAUACAAAUUUGUUGCCAGAUUGUUUAUUUGUUAAUUUAUGAAUUGGAAAGUUAUUUAUGUGACUGAAUUUGUGUGUUUGUUCCAACAAGAAAACGUAAUCAACCGCACUGAGAGCAGGAAUUUUCAAUGAAUGAUUUACAAAAAUUCUGACGUAAUUAUUUAUGAUCAAAAUUUUCUGUAAUAUCAUUUUUUGUAGUAAUGAAACAGGUGCAGAUUUUCCCAAAUAAAUUCCAAUUUUGACGUCAAAUUACCACUAGUAGACUUUUGGGACAAUUUGCUCGUUUUCUGAUCUCAAUUUAAAUUAAAAUCAUGGCUGAUAUUGAUAUUUAAAAAUUCAGUUUUUGAUAUUUUUAAGAUAUUUUUCUUAGCUCUGUAAUAAACGUGAUCAUUUGUUUGGAAAUAGUGUUGCUAUCCUUUUUUUUUUGUAAUAAUUGUAAAUGAUUUUAAGUGGUCUCUCUUAUAAUUUUGUCUUUGUCCCACUUUUGAAUGCGUUUACAUUGUUCAAUUUUCUACUUCUUCUAACUAAUCAAACACAACUGUAAGCUUUAAAAAAAAAACAAUUUUGUUGUAAAUAUUUGUAUCUAAUUGAUAAGGUUAUUUAUUAAUAAUAUUAUUGUCUAACUUUAAAAUUAUAUCCUAUUCACAAUCGAUGUCCACAGGUACAGGUAAAUUUAUCUUCUUUCCCUAUAAAAUAGCAUUGAAAGGUGAUAAAUUUUACCUGUACCUAUGGACAUCGUAUUGUGAAUGGAUAAUAUAAGAAAUUGUAUUUUGGCAAAUUGACAAUACCGUGUUUUUUUUUUCUGCGACAAUUAUUGCCUUUUUGAUUUUUCGUUCCGAAAUAAAUUAAAAAUUU